AUGUCUGCCAUAUUUCGUUCUUCCGCAUCCAAGCUCCGCUGCUUAACGAUCUCCACCCUCUCCUUGAAGCCAUUGUCAAACCUCUUCCACUCCUCUGCCACCAGAGCCCCACCCACCACCACCCUUUUCCAGCCACAGCUGAGCCUGCUGUUCCGCAGACCCCAGAAAUUAGGGUUUCAAGAGAGGCACAAAUGGGACAGAAGCUCAGACAAGUACGAUCAAAUCAAGGCCGAGGUCAACUGCCCCCGAUGCUCCAAGAUGAUAACCGUGCUCUUCUCCAACCGACCUCUCUCCAUCACUGCCACUGAGAACGGGAUUUAUCAGGCAGUCAGCAUGUGCUACAAUUGCCGGACGGCCUAUUAUUUCCGGCCAUUCAAGCUGGAACCACUGCAGGGGAGUUUCAUAGAGAUUGGAAGGGUUAAGGGUGGGAGAGAGAAUUUUGCGGACAUGGAGGGCAAUGGCAUGGGGAAAGGUGGAAAAAAUGGGGUUAAAAUUUGGGAGAAGUUAAAGUCGUAUGGUUCCGGUGAGAUUAAUGCAAAGAGAGGUGAUUCUGAUGUUGAUGGUGAUUGUAAUGCGGAAGGAAACUCAGAGGGAAUGAGUGCAGGGGUUGUGGAGGAGAUGGCUAAAGUAGGGAAGGAGUUGCCAACUCCAAAGGAGAUAUGUAAAGUGCUCAAUGAGUUUGUUGUUGGGCAAGAGAAUGCAAAAAAGGUGCUUUCCGUUGCUGUUUAUAACCACUAUAAAAGAAUAAAUAGCCCAUUGGUGCAGAGCCAGUCAGGUGCUAAACUAGGCUAUGCUGUUACUGAAUUGGAUUUUUUUGAUGACGAAGUUGUUGAGCUGGAGAAGAGCAACGUCUUAUUGAUCGGCCCAACUGGUUCAGGAAAGACACUUCUUGCUAAAACAUUAGCUCGUGUGGUUAAUGUCCCUUUCGUCAUUGCUGAUGCCACGACACUAACACAGGCUGGUUAUGUUGGGGAAGAUGUGGAAUCUAUUCUAUACAAACUACUCAUGGCUGCUGACUUCAAUGUUGAAGCAGCUCAACGUGGAAUUGUUUAUAUAGAUGAAGUUGACAAGAUAACCAAGAAGACCGAGAGCCUCAACAUGGGAAAAGAUGUAUCUGGAGAGGGUGUUCAGGAAGCUCUGUUGAAGAUGCUAGAAGGAACUGUUUUAAGUAUUCCUGACAGUAGCGCGCCCAAGCAUUCACGGCACGAUAGCAUUCAGAUAGAUACAAAAGAUAUCCUCUUUAUUUGUGGUGGAGCUUUUGUUGAUCUGGAGAAGACCAUUUCUGAGAGACGUCAAGAUUCCUCUAUAGGUUUCGGAGCACCUGUCCGCGCUAAUUUGAGACUUGCUGGGUUGAAUUCUGCUGCAGCCUCAUCUCUAUUAGAACAUGUAGAGAGUGCUGAUCUUACUGCAUAUGGUCUUAUACCUGAAUUUGUUGGACGAUUUCCUGUUGUCGUGAGCUUAUCGGCUCUUGAUGAGGACCAACUUAUUAAGGUUCUUACUGAGCCUAAAAAUGCUCUAUGUAAGCAAUACAAGAGGAUAUUCAGCAUGAAUCAUGUCAAUUUAGAAUUCACAGACAGUGCGAUGAGAUUGAUUGCUCAAAAAGCAAUAGCCAAGAAUACUGGUGCACGUGGUCUGAGAGCUAUAUUAGAAAAUAUUCUGACAGAAGCUAUGUUUGAGAUCCCAGAUGCAAAACCUGGUGAAGAUCAUGCAGAUACAGUGUUGGUUGAUGAAGAGGCCGUGAAACAUGGAGCAAAAUUGCUUCAUUCGGCUUGUGGGUUUGAUGAAACUUUCAGGCAGACAAAAUCGAAAAAUGAGGAAGAUAGAAGCUCAGUGAUGGUAGGCGACGUGGAAGUUCGGGAGGGUUCAUGGCCUGCCAUUAGCUUGUAA